AAUCGCGCCAAAAUGUCGAAAAAUUUAAAAUAUUACUACGAUCUGAUGUCCCAACCCUCCCGGGCGUUGUGGAUAUUUUUGCAGCAAACCAAAAUUCCCUACGAAAAUCGUUUGGUCAACUUGGGCAAAGGUGAACAUCUUACCGACGAGUUUAAGGCGAUCAACCGCUUCCAGAAGGUACCGUGCAUUACCGACAGCCAGCUACAGCUGGCCGAAAGUGUGGCCAUCUUCCGGUAUCUGUGCCGGGAGUACAAGGUGCCGGACCAUUGGUAUCCGGCCGAUUCCCGGCGCCAGGCCCUGGUGGACGAGUAUCUAGAGUGGCAGCACCACAAUACACGUGCCGCCUGCGCCACCUACUUCCAGUACAUGUGGUUGCGGCCGCGCAUGUUCGGGAGCAAGAUCGAUCCGAAACGGGCCGACCAAUACCGGACGCAGAUGGAAAGCUGUUUGGACUUUAUCGAGCGCGAGUUUCUGGGCGGUGGUUCGCAGUUUAUCGUGGGAAAUGAGAUAUCGGUGGCUGAUCUGUUGGCUGCCUGCGAAAUCGAGCAAUCGAGAAUGGCCGGAUACAACCCGUGCGAUGGUCGUCCGAAUUUAGCCCAAUGGAUGGCACGUGUCCGCGAAUCGACGUCCCCGUACUACGAUCAAGCGCACAAAUUGGUGAACAAAAUUGCUCAAGAUGUGGCUACCAAGCACAAACUAUAG